CUAUAUAUAUAACAUCUCGAAAAAUAAAUAUAUUAUCGAUUUAAUUCGAAUAUAAUGAGCGUAAUAAACAUCUCGUAUAAGAAAAUUUCAGAAAAUACCCUGACGUUGUGGAUGUAUCCUCCGUGCUUAUCUUAUCUCACGAAUUGACACGGUGUCUCUCGUUGUAGCUCUCCGUAGUUUCGUUCAGUUUUCUUCUGGGAUCAGCCCGAUGUGUACCGUGAAAUUGCACGCACGCUUUCAAAUUCCACGUUCGAAUUGAUUAAUCUAUAAUAUACAAGCACGAUGUUUUAAUCUUGCCUUCAUUCCGGGAAGAUGUAAUCGCGAUCUCCAUCGUUUCAUCGAGAUAACUUUCCCAUUGAGAAUACAAAUCGUCAUGAAUCAAAGAUUUUCUAAUGUCUUAAAUUUUCAGACGUAUGAAACGGCAGAUAUCCCGGAAUAUCGGGAGCCAACUGAUUUGGAGAAAGAAUAUCGUGAUUUUCCGGAGGAGAAGUUGUGGAGCCCCAGCGAAGAUGUGGAUAAGUGGUUUCCGGAUUAUAAUGUUAUGGCACGAUCUGUCUUGACUUUUGUGCAAGAGAAGCAGGGUGUUUCUAACGAGGAAGCCAUGGAAAACGCAUGUUCAGGAUUUGCGGAACAGUAUAUUACGGAUGUUCUUUUUCAUUCUGAAUACUUGCCAGAAGUAGCAUUAAAGAAAUUACUAAACAAAGAAUUGCCUCAAAAAUUAGUGGAAAAAUGGAAGCCGGAAGAUAUUAAACUUUUCGAGAAAGGCUUCUUAACUUAUUGGUCAAAUUUUGGUAUAAUUCAGAGGAAACUGCUUCCGCACAAAAAUGUGGAGGACAUCGUAGAGUUUUAUUACGUGUGGAAACGGACCGAAGCCGGAAGAAAACUGAAGCGUUCCUGCACCCGCCGACCUAAACGGUUCACCAUGCGUCGUAUUUCCGCGGAAUUGUCAUUGAUAAAGAAGAAUUCCGCGAAAAAUUCCGUUCAAAAAGUUUCAAAAGCUCCUCCGAAAAAAAAAGGGAAGAAAAAUAGUAAAUUGGUGAGGAAAACAACGAGAGCUUCGAAAGCGAAUCAGAAGAGGAAAGAAAAAAAUUGUUCGACCGCUAAACAAUAA